ACAGGUCUUCCAGUGGCGAGUUAUUGGAGGAAAACAUACUAUUUCCCCAGGACCAUAACAAAUCAGUCUGUAAUUGACACACCUGAGCAAAAGUAAAUGUUAGGAAUGUUAAAAAAAACAGAAGGUGAGAAGCGCUUGGUUUGUCAAAUCUUUAAAAUGUCUCCUCUCCACUUACGAGGCUGUUUGAUUUGAGGGGGCGAGCGCACCUUAAGUAGCUGAAACCAGAGAGUGCAUUAUCAUUCAAAUCAAGCAAUUAGGAGUUUUAGCUAUAGGUUUUGCUCAGCAAUAAGCUUGAAGCGGGUUGGAAGACAGAAGAGUGUGUGUUUAUUGCAUAAGUAUAGGAGCAACUACCGUCCCAUCAUGCCUCGGUCUUUCUUGGUGAAGAAAGUCAAAUUGGACGAUUUUUCGGCUGCAGAGCUGGAGAGCUCCUAUGGUCACAGCAGAAGAGAAGCACUCAGUCUGCAAUUCAAUCAUCGUGGUAAAGGCUAUGUCAGCGAUUAUCUGAGUCCAUCUCCUUAUGAUGAUGUGGUGGGAAGUGACUCAUCGGUCAUCUCUAAAGUACCGUCCCUUGACCAUCCAUCAAUCAUCUAUAGCCGCAUCGACGACACCUAUUCUGGCAUCCAUGGUGAUAUCCACGGCGAUUCGGACCAGCCGGACAGCCCGCGGUCUGAAGUUUCGUCAUCAGCUGGUGGAUACAUCAACGGAGAUGCAGCCGUGAGCGAGGGAUACACAGUGGAUGCGUUUUUCAUCAUGGAUGGACGAUCACGGAGGAAAUCCACAGAUAACCCCAAAGGAACCAUUCAGAGGCACACCUGCAGCGAGUGCGGCAAAACCUACGCCACAUCCUCCAAUCUGAGCCGGCACAAGCAGACACACCGGAGCAUAGACAGCAAGAUGGCCAAGAAGUGCCCCACAUGUGGAAAAGUCUACGUUUCCAUGCCUGCGAUGGCUAUGCACCUGCUGACCCACGACCUCAAGCAUAAGUGCGACGUCUGCGGCAAAGCAUUCAGCCGGCCAUGGCUACUGCAGGGCCACAUGCGGUCGCACACGGGUGAGAAGCCGUUCGGGUGCGCGCACUGUGGCAAAGCGUUUGCAGAUCGGUCGAACCUGCGUGCUCACAUGCAGACGCACUCAGCUUUCAAGCACUACAAGUGUAAACGAUGUGACAAGACGUUUGCACUCAAGAGUUACCUGAACAAGCACUACGAGUCGGCGUGCUUCAAGGGGGCGUUCUCCCCUCUAAGCUCACUGGGGGAAUGAUGGAUUUAGAAAGUUUUUUUUGUUUAUUUUAAUCAGAUUUUGACUUGCCUCACCCCCUACUUUUCCUGCUUUCCCCAACAAGAAGACCAGUAUGCCCAAGCACUGUAAGGGAGGAGUGUUUUCUCUGUAAGGAUCAUGAGGCAAAUUACAAAAAUAGAUUGAGGACAUUUGGAGCAAACAUUUUUCGAUGCUUGAUUUAGAUUGCCACCUGCUUCGAUAAGAUACAUCUCCUUCCGUGGCUGUUUCGAGUAUCUAAGAAGAUAAAUAAAGCACACCACAUCUAGCUCAUCGUUUUUGAAGAAACUUAGAUCUAUUUAUGUCCAUAGCCAUCCUCGUCCCACUUCUUUUUCAACCUAAAGCACAAUUCCUCCCUCACUUCUUUCUUUCUGUGACAGGAAUAUCACAGGAGUUUAAAGCAUGAAUCACAUUUUCUUGCAAAGAGAUUCAAUUAACUUUUAUAUUUAAUGUUUUUUUUAAAACAAAUAUUCAUUAUCUAAGGAUACAUCUGGUAUCCUGGUGAAACUGACCUUGGACUGACUUUAUAUGGAGAUAAAGCGUCAAAACAAAGAAAGCACACUGCAUUUGUUCUCUGCAAGUAAGCAAAGUACAUGUAAAGUUUUUUUUCCUUUACACUAGUGACAUGCUUUGCAUCUUGUAUACUGUGCUGGCUAAAGACACAUCCACACUGAACUGUGAUGGAAAUAUAAAGUACAAACCUUCCAUUACAUGGUAGGUUUUUUGUGAAUUUUCUUUAAACCAAUGUCUUAAACGGACACAGACAUACAUGCUGUUUUAUUUUCUUUUUUACUUAUUUUUGGCAUUAGUGCUUUAUUUGACAAUAAACAGGGGGACGUAAAAGGGAAUUAAUGAGAAAAACUGGACUUCCAUGGCUGAAAACUCCCACUGAGCCAAGAGUCCAGAGUAUUCUUUAACAAACAGUGUUUUCCUCCACCCUAAAUCUGGCGCUAUUAUUUCUACUUGUCAAUGUCAGAGGAGGAUACGGACAUUAAAAAUGUUCAGUUUUUCCUCAAAAGGUCAAACCUUUUUUAAGUGUUGUAAAAAAGUGUUUUUGUUGCCAGUGGGACACAGUAUUCAGCUUUGAAGGUUUUUUUUAAUGUCUAUUUAUUGCCUAAUUUAUUUAUUUUUUAUGUAUUCUCAUGUUUUUUUAGAUGUAUUUAUUUUGCACUUUACUUUAUUGCCUUUGUUACAAAUAUGCCAAAGCAUUUGACACUUUUUGAUUACUGAAUACCUUUUUACUUUUGUCCGCCACUUUAAUUAUAAAAAAUAAUGCAUGCAAAAAAUGACAAUAGCUUAAUAAUGGAAUCUAUGUCAAUUUUAUGAAUCUUUGGGAUAUUUUGCCAAACCUCUUAGAUAAUAGGCAAAGUAAGCAAAUUUCUGUCUUGGGCAAUAUUUCAUUCAUAUCCAAUAGAGCAAUAAUGCAUGAUAUUUUUGAAGAGAGGUGAGUCAUAACUGCUUGUAACAUCUUGAUUUUUUCAAGUACCACUAUUCUAUGUAGUUAUGAGAAAUGAAAUUUCAGGGAGUUAGCAAGCCAAGUUAGUGUUAAGGAGGGUUGGGUUAAGAGCUCUGUAUUUGGAGAGAUUGUGACACUGUUGUGAUUCUUUGAGGCUUUCUCCAGUGACUUCUGUGAUUGUAAAGUGUUUGAACAGUUCAAAUUAGUAUCGAGAGAGAGAGUCCGUUUUCCAAUCUCUGCUAAUGUAGUAUAUAAUAUUAUUUAAAACAAUUGCCUCCUAUUCAUUAGCUUUUUAAAAAGCUAAGCAUGAGAAGUUGUUGGUGCUUCCAAGGAUUCACACAGAUGGCACAACUCCUUUAGGUGGAGGGCUCUGGGUUGGGUCGGGACGGGUCUUUUUGUACAUGGUUUAUGCACUGCCUGCCUCGUAUUAUUAUUCUAAAAUAUUGUAGAAAGUAGAAGAUACUACCAUAGGCCUCUGGUGCUGAAACAUGGAUGAAUAAACAAAACCAAGAACAAGAACAAUUGAGAUUUUUGCAACAGCGGGUGCUAAAUGUGGAGCUCUUGGACCCUCAGCAGUCAUUGAGCAGGUCCCUGUCUUUCCCCUGUGAGGUUUUAACCAGUAAUAAAGAAAAAGAAAAGAAAUUUCCUCCUAAGAUUGGGUCAUGUGCUCUCUUCUCACUUUUAAUCCCAUCAAAAAACAGUUCUGGCUCUACACAAGAUGUGGAUUCACAAACUCCAUGUGAGGACUCUGGAGCAAACAACACUCAUCAAAACAAUUUUGGGUGUUUUUUAUUUCCAUCAUCUCUGGCGGUUGUGAGGUUACUGUGGUGACCCCCAAUGCAAUUAUAAGGGUUGUUGAAAAAGAAGAGAAGACAUUUGGUCAAUAUUUCAGCACCAGACUGCAUCAACAAACACUUAGAUUCUACUAUGAACUACUGUAGCCUACUAUAGCCACAAGCUAGUUUACCUAUUCUUAUUUAAAAGCACUUCCUGCUACAAAUUAUAUCUUACAACUUUUUUUGUUCAAAGAUAGUAGCACAAUUCAAGAGUUUAGAUUCAGGUAGACAAUGCCUUGUAUGUAGAAAUAACCUCUUUCUCCUUUUUCUACUAUAAUAAAUCAAAGGUAAAAACAACAGCAAAGUUGCUGAAAUAACACAGGUUAGAGUUGUCCUUAAAUAACACAUGGAAACAUGCUAUAAAAUGACACAAGGUACUAAAGGACACCUUUAUCUCAUGUGUCAUUUUUCAACAUAUUCGCUUGAGAGCAUCUUCACCACACCUUUUUUAAGAGAAAAACUCGACUAUUUUCCGGAAAGAGGCUUUGUAAAUAAGCACGGAUGUGACUUUGGAGUCCGAUUAUUUCUACAGAUCUGUAUAGUAUAGAGUGACAGUGACAACGAUGAUGAUGAUGAUGAUGAUGAUGAUGAUGAUGAUGAUGGUGAUGAUGAAUUUUUCUGGAGCUUCCUGCUUUGUUUUAAGUUCUUCCUUUGAGGUGUUUUGGGACCUCUUGUGGCCGUUUGAAACAAUGUAAAGCACAAAGACAACACUGGGCAUUUUGUUUCACUUCCUAAAUAAAAACUAGUUUAAAAAUG